ACGCCACUUUUGCUGCAGUUGCUCCGGUCGCGCCUGCUGCUAUUGCUGGUCCUGCCGCGGCUGCUGCCCGGGAGGUGAAGGGAGGUGAAGUGUGUUGUUGUGUCGGUGCUUCUGCCGCUGUCCGGAACGGAGUGGAGAGCCGGACGUCCGCGGGCUGGCGAGAGCGGCGAGUCAGCAUCUGCGUGGUCUCCCCAGGCCGGGUCCUGUCUGCGCUGCUGCAGGGAGGCCGCCCGGCCCUGCGAACCGAACCAAUGCUGGACCUGGAGGUGGUGCCUGAACGCUCUCUGGGGAACGAGCAAUGGGAAUUCACGCUGGGAAUGCCUCUGGCUCAGGCAGUAGCGAUUCUUCAGAAGCACUGUCGCAUCAUCAAAAAUGUCCAGGUUCUCUACAGUGAGCAGUCUCCUCUAAGCCAUGACCUCAUCCUUAACCUGACUCAGGACGGGAUCAAACUACUGUUUGAUGCUUUCAAUCAGAGACUUAAGGUGAUUGAAGUUUAUGACUUGACAAAAGUAAAGUUAAAAUAUUGUGGAGUGCAUUUUAACUCUCAGGCCAUCGCUCCUACCAUUGAGCAAAUUGACCAGUCUUUUGGCGCAACCCAUCCUGGAGUGUACAACUCUGCUGAGCAGCUCUUCCACCUCAACUUCAGAGGAUUGUCUUUCUCUUUCCAGUUAGACUCAUGGACAGAGGCUCCCAAGUACGAGCCCAAUUUUGCCCAUGGUCUAGCUUCUCUUCAAAUACCCCAUGGAGCAACUGUAAAACGAAUGUACAUCUACAGUGGAAACAGCCUCCAGGAUACCAAGGCUCCUGUGAUGCCCCUGAGCUGUUUCCUGGGGAAUGUAUAUGCUGAAAGUGUAGAUGUUCUUCGAGAUGGAACUGGACCCUCAGGGUUGCGGCUUCGCUUACUCGCUGCAGGUUGUGGACCUGGAGUAUUAGCAGAUGCCAAAAUGCGAGUAUUUGAGCGCUCGGUGUAUUUUGGUGAUUCUUGUCAAGAUGUUCUUAGCAUGCUUGGCUCUCCACACAAGGUCUUCUAUAAAUCCGAAGACAAGAUGAAAAUUCACUCUCCUUCCCCUCAUAAACAAGUUCCAUCCAAGUGCAAUGACUACUUUUUUAACUAUUUCACUCUUGGAGUGGAUAUCCUCUUUGAUGCAAAUACACACAAAGUGAAGAAGUUUGUCCUGCAUACCAAUUACCCCGGGCAUUAUAAUUUUAACAUUUACCACCGCUGUGAGUUCAAGAUCCCACUAGCUGUAAAGAAAGAAAAUGCAGGUGGUCAAACUGAAACAUGCACGACCUACAGCAAGUGGGACAAUAUCCAGGAGCUUCUGGGCCAUCCUGUGGAGAAGCCUGUUGUCUUGCACAGGUCCUCAUCCCCAAACAAUACCAACCCAUUUGGCUCCACAUUCUGCUUUGGUCUUCAGCGGAUGAUCUUUGAGGUCAUGCAGAACAACCACAUUGCCUCGGUGACCCUGUAUGGCCCCCCUAGGCCUGGUGCCCACCUGAGAACAGCAGAGCUACCCUAAGGACAUCACUACCCAUUCUCUUCUCUGUCCAUGGACCUGUGCAUCACAUCAGCUGAGUGGGUCUCUGUGCCACCCUGUGUGUUUUCUUGGGCACCUGGGCAGUGUUGGAAGGGUCUGGGAUUCAGAAGGGUUCAGAAGGGAUUCGGUCUGAGUCCUCUAUCUUGGGACAGAGAACCCAGAUAUCCCUCUGUCCUAAGCCUGCUGUUGCCAGCAGAGAACACAGUCUGCAAAGAGAAGCACAAACUUUGGGCCUUGAUUCCUGGACCCAGGGCCUCUCAACUAACAUGUAAGACAUGUCAACCCCUGUCCUGCACACAUAGGGUAAAUGGGACUUCUCUGGCUAAGGAAAUCGGUAUCUAGGAGAGAACAUUGCCAUGUGGCCCUUAAGGUGAGCAGAGCAGGUAGCAUGUCCAGAGUACUUGGUUGCAAUAUUUGCACUACAUCCACUUCAGUUACUUGAUGAGCUGGCUGUGGCUGGUGUGGCCCACGUGCCCUUCUGUUUCUUUUGUGCAAGUGCUCCCUGCCAUGCCCAGGUGACAUACCUAAGUAGUUGAAAUAUAGGUUUGUACCAGGUAUCUACCCAAGCCUGGUUCCCACUGCUGCUCUGGGAAUCAGCCUUCAAGGUCACCUGUAUCUCUUGGUCCAACCUGGCUGACAGGGCUGCAUGUUUCCAUCUUGUUUGCCUCUUUUAUUUAAUGCCAAAGUGUUAGCCAAAGACACCUUCCUCCUUCUGUUACAUUACAGCAUUCUGUUGUGCACUGUGGGCCAGCUCCCUGCCCCACUUCUGGGCACUGGCCUGGCCUGGCCACAUGGUUUAAGGCCUAGGGGCUCAAAGAAGAUUGGGCUGCUGCGUUUCUUACAUGGGUCUUGCUAAUGGAAAGUAGUAUAUAUGUGCUUUAAAAUAUUAAUCCUUUUGAAAAGAAUUGAAAAGAGAAACAUAUAAUUUUAUCCCAUUUUUAAUAUUUUGGUCUAGCAACUUGUGAUACAUAGAUGACAAUUUUGUGAGUUUUUCAAAUGUGUGUACAGAUUUUUGUAAAUAAUGACUUUUGUAAUUAACUCAUGUACAGCCUCAUCUUGUAUAGUUCAUGAUGAAUGUGCAGGGGAUCCUGCCCCAGCUGUCUGUAUGGUUCCUGGGCCUACAGCCAGGCCUGUGUGGCACUUCCAUGACUCUGAUUGACAGGUGUCUUCCCAUUUGGACCUUGGUCUGGCCAGAGACCCUGCACAUCCCACUGUCAGGGUAGCCAGGACUGUUCCCAUCCUCUUGAACAGAGGAAACUUCCUCAUCCCUUUCCAAUAAAGCACCUAUGCCCUCAGUGACAGCUUGCCAUGUGCUGCUGCUGGGGUGUUUGUACGAAAA